UAAAGGCUGCAGCAAUACUUCCAACCACUCAUAACCACAAAGUGCCAGUCCUCAUCUCACCCACUCUGAAACACGCUCCAGCAGACGUGCAGCUCAUUGGCACAGACUCUCAGGGGAAUAAGUUUAAGCUCUUAUCCGAGCAUCAGGUCACUUCUUCCGGCGACAGGGACCGGCCCAGACGGGUAAAACCAAAGUGUGCUCCACCUCCACCCCCAGUGAUGAGGCUCCUACAACAGCCAGCUGCCUGCUCAGACGCAGCAGAAGAGCUGGGCAACGCGGCGGGAGCGCAGCACGGGCUGGAAUCGAGCGAAGGGAAUAAGAAGGCGGCAGCAGCAGCAGCAGCACCUGUUGGUGGAAAAUCUGGGAGGCCGGUGAUGCCUCCGCCUCAAGUGCCUCUGUCCUCGUCUUCCACCUCCCCGGUGAAAAUGGCCAACGGCACGGCUGGCGCAAAAGUCGCGCUGAGAAAGACCAAACAGGCCGCCGAGAAAAUCUCCGCAGACAAAAUCAGCAAGGAGGCGCUGCUGGAGUGCGCAGAUCUCCUCUCGAGCGCCAUCGCCGAGCCGACACCCAACAGUCAGCUGGUGGACACGGGGCACCAGCUCUUGGAUUACUGCUCAGGCUACGUGGACUGCAUCCCGCAUACGCGCAACAAAUUUGCCUUCCGGGAAGCCGUGAGCAAACUGGAACUCAGCCUGCAGGAACUGCAGGUGUCCUCCACAGCUGCUGGCGUCCCUGGGGCAAACCCCGUCCUUAAUAACUUAUUGUCUUGCGUCCAAGAAAUCAGCGACGUGGUGCAAAGGUAG